AUGACAACUUCCUUCCAAAUCUCCUUCUUCCUCUUCUGCCUAAUCUCCAUCGCCUCAACAGAUGGGACUCAACUCAUCUUAGUAAACAACUGCAAAGAAACGAUCUGGCCAGGUCUCCUCGGCACAGCGGGCCACGCAACCCCAAAUGCGGGCGGUUUCGACCUCCAAAGCGGCGAAGAGCAAAUCCUCGAAGUCUCCGAGAACUGGUCGGGAAGAAUCUGGCCCAGACAAGGCUGCUGCUUCGAUGUACAAACCGGCAAAGGCGCCUGCCAGACCGGAGACUGCUUGGGCCUCCUCCGCUGCGCCGGCCUCAGCGGCAUCCCUCCUGCCACUGUCGUUGAAAUGACGCUCGGAACACCUCAAUCCCCACUUCAUUACUACGACGUCAGCUUGGUCGACGGCUUCAACGUCCCGGUCUCCAUGAGGCCUAUCGGUGAUGAGGCUGGUUCGUGCGGCAUCGCGGCCUGCGAGGCCGACUUGAAUGCUUGUUGCCCCGCUGCGCUGGCGGAGAGGAAAGAAGGGAAGGUUGUGGGGUGCAAGAGUGCCUGCUUGGCUUUGAAUACUGAUAGAUAUUGCUGUAGAGGGGAGUUUUCGGAUCCGAACCGGUGUAAGCCGACGGUUUUCGGGUUGGUUUUUAAGGCGGUUUGUCCCCGGGCGUAUAGCUAUGCUUUUGAUGAGGCUACGGGGCUCAAGAAUUGCAGGGCUAGUCGUUAUGUUAUCACCUUUUGCCCUCCUAAUUGAUGUUAGAAGUUAUGUCCAUCACAUGAUAUUAUAUUUCAGUUUGAGAGCACUAUUUUUUAA